CAAAUUAUUGACAGCGAUCGGUGGAGUAUUUUGAUGUCUCAAAAUCCAAAAAUUUUCCCCAUUGAGUAAAAAUUCGCACUCUUACAUUAACUUAAUUUUUAAUAUACGAUUAUAAGAACGCCAUUCUAAUGAUCACUGUUGUGAAUUUCUGUAUUGGAUAAUGUGUGCAGUUGUUAUCAGUGUUUGCAAUUAAAUAAGAUGGCCACUUUAAUUCAAUCAUACGAACAACAAUAUUCAGUUUUAACAGCUGAUAUUACUGCAAAAAUCGGUCGCCUUAAAUCUGGAAACGACGAUGAUCGUGAUAAACUCUCCAGAGAGAUUCAGUCUAACUUUGAAGAAGCCAAUGACUUGCUGGAAUACCGUGGGUCGGGCGCUGGGUCGCGGGUCGCGGCGUACAGGGCGGAGCUGCAGCGCGUACGCGAAGAGUACCGCUCCGUGUUUAAUAACUCCGCUACGUACAACAUAGACCCUGACGAAUACGAAGACUGGUCGACGGUGAAUGAGCAGCGUCGGAAACUGUUGGAUAAUACUGAGCGCCUAGAGAGAACUGGAAAGAACCUCACAGAAGGCUACCGGGUGGUGCUGGAGACGGAGCAGAUUGGUGCCGCUGUUCUGCAGGACCUACAUCAUCAGAGGGAGACUAUACAGAGGUCUAGAGGACGGUUGCGCGAGACGGACGCGACGCUGUCCCGCUCCGGGCGCGUGGCGCAGAGCAUGCUGGCGCGCGCGCUGCAGGCGCGCCUGGUGCUGGGCGCCGUGCUGCUGCUGCUGGCGCUGCUGGCCGCGCUCGGCCUCUACCUGUACGUCACCUAGCUACGCCUGCUGCUGGGGCACUGCCAGGAUUAUUUCUACCUGGAUCACAGAGUCCUAGCACAGUGGAUCUACUACCUCUACAUGAUUUGCACCAAGAUAUUGCCCACAGCUCUAAGAAUCUUCCUGUUCGUCAAACUCGUGCUGGCUAUUCUACGUUUUAAAUACAAAGUUUUGCGCGGGUAUUACUAGAGCGAUAUUUUAUUAUCUAUGCAAGUGUCAAUGUCAAAAUUAAUGUAAUUUUUUUUUUUUUUUAAUGUAACUAUUUGCCAGUGUCGAGUAAAAUAUUUUAUAUUCGAUGAUUGCGGAAUACUAGAAAACAAUUUAUUGUCUGUGGCUGUUAUUAUGAAAAUUAUGAUUCAUAAUAUUGUGAUUAUGAGAAUACUAUUUAUUAUCUAUGAAAUUGUUUUAACUUCUAUGCGAAGAUUAGUUUCCAAAUUUGGCGCGUGCAUUAAAAAGCUAAAUAAAUAAAAAAAAGUUUUCAAUAUCACAAUGCUUAAUGUUUACUAUUAAUAGUGAAUGUUUUGCAAAAAAGUGGCAUAUUCAUUCAACGCACUUCAUUCAACUGAAAUGUCUAGUUACUUGUAAAAUAAUGAACUAUAAACAUUGUUCAGUACGAAAUAUUAAAAUUUUAAGAAAUUUGUAAAUUAGGAGCUAAGUUUCCUAAUACCGAUCGAGCAAUUUGACAUUACUGCAGGAGGCUUAUACGAUAACAUAUUUAGACUGUAUAUAGAAUCCGAUUUCAGACUUAAACUAAAGAUUUUAACUUUUCAUCAAUAUAAUAAAAAAAAAACCUUUUUUGACCAUACAAAAUUCAAAUGUAUUAAAUUUGUUUGUAAAUACUAGGUUUUGAUAUGAUCUAGAUGUAAUAAUAAUGACUAUAUUAUGAUAUGGAUUUGUGAUGGAACUGGAAUAGAAAAAUGAUGGAGGGCGUUGGAAUGAAUUAUAGAUAUUAGAAUAAGUGGGAACAAACUUAGUGAGUUUUUGAGUGUUUUUUCAUUGUGUAAGGAAAAGUGAUUGAAAAUGAAGACUUUGUAUUGAUCGUAUGAUAAUAAUCUUUCUAUAAAUUAGUGUAAUCUUAUAUUUAACCUUUAAAUAUACUUGUAUAUAAUCCAUGUCACGAUAGGGUGUUGCUGUGUUUAGAAAAAUCCAUAAUCGAAGAGUAAUUCGAUUGUAUGCUUACGCAGACGAAUACACUGGCAAUAGUAAGUAAUUAUGUAGCUCAUGUAUUUAUUUUAUUAUAUAUUUAUCAUUAAAAUUCCAUUCAGUAGUUUUAACGUGUAAGAGUAACGAACGUCUACUCAUACUUGCAAACUUCGCGUUUAUAAUAUUAGUAGGAUAUAUAGCUUAGAUUAAAUCAAGUUACGGCAAUAAAUCCUAAAUAUUUUAAUUGUGUUAUUAAAACUGAUCGUAAUUCAAAAGCAUUCGCCUAGAAAAUUCACAUAUUAAUACUUAAUUGUCUAAAAUUAAGAAACAUUAAGGUACGACUACUCCAUAUAUUAUAUUUAAUUGUUUAUAAUUAACGGUUGUGCAAUAAAAGAGAAAUGGUAGUGUUUGUAUAAUAACGGGGGGAUAACCCCCACAGGGACGCUGGUGAACUUUUUUUUUGUAAAAAAGAAUUAUGGUAUAUUAUUAUGUUAGUUAAGUAUUUAUUAUUAGUCUUUAGUACAAAUUUAUUAAUCGUUCAAAUCUUUAAUGACUUUCGAGACCAAAUCUAAAUAAUGAUAUUUUAUUAUUUUACUAUUAGCUGUGCUAUUUUUUUUUUUUUUCAUUUCAAUUUGUUUGUUAAACGACGUAGUUACGAAGUAAAUAUUGUUUUAUAUAAGUAAUUAUAAAGCUGUAAUGUUCCUCAUAAUACAUACUUUCAUUAAUCAUUGUAACAGUAUAUCAUGAUAAUAAAUAAAAAUUGUUUUUUUCUUACGUCAUUGUUGAUUUAUUUCUAAGGUUUUCAUUUAUAAGGAUAAAAUAAAUACAAAGAUAUGUGGUGAAGUGUAGACUAUAAGUUCCUUGGUUUUCACAAUGUGCAGGGCGUGUAAGAUACUUUAUAACUUGUACUAUCGUCUAAGUAACUAUGUUAUUCAGCAAAUAAAGAAUUUAAAUUUCAGUAUGUAUAUUCUGAAUAGACUUAGAGUUAAUUAUGGCUAUUAAUAUCAGAAGGUAUAUCCUAUAUUGUUUUAAAUAAAAAUGCCAGUUUUUAUUUGUUUCAAUGCAUAUAUGAGAUACAAUUAGAACAGCAUAAAAAUUAAUGCUAAUACCAUAAGAUAUAUCAAAACACUAUCUAUGAUGGAUUAUAGUAACUAUUUACCAAAUUUUGCUUGACAUUCAUAUUAGGCAAGAUACUAAGUAUGUUUAAAACAACAAUUGAAAUUAGUCUGAUAGAGCUAUCGAUCUACAGAUUCUAGUCAAGGCUUUUUAUAUUUAAGCUAGUAUUACACUAUGCUUUUGUCAUCCCUUCUUGUAAAUAUCACUAUAUUCACUAUUUCAUGAUAUCUUGAUGUGAGACUGUCUGUAGUUUAGAUAAUAAAUGUACUUAUUGGCCUAUAACCUUUUUGAAUAAAUGACUUGU